AUGUGGGUCCCAGGGGUGGGACUUCCCUCGCGGCUGAUGCUGUCAGCCUUGACCCGCGCUGGGCGCUUUUGCAUUUUGAAGUCGGGAGCGGUGAGGCUGAUGGACGUCCCGGCGGGGAACCGCCGUGGCUUGUCUGACUACUACCCGCACCUGAUGCCCAGUGUGGGAUUUGGAAAAUCGUCCUCGCGUGUUUACAGAUGCCGCUCAGAGACCAAGCGGUACAUAACCAGCCCUAGAGUGGCUGAGACCUUGGUGCGGAUCCUACGGGGAAAACGAAAAUCUUGCCAGCUAUUCCUGGAGUGCAAUCCAGGUCCUGGAAUCCUGACGCGAGCAUUGCUUGAAAGUGGUGCCAAAGUGAUUGCCCUUGAAAGUGACAAGACUUUUAUUCCACAAUUGGAGUCCUUAGGAAAAAAGGUGAAUGGAAGACUAGAAGUGGUCUACUGUGACUUCUUUAAACUGGAUCCUAGAAGUCGUGGAAUACUAACACCUCCCGUUAUGACUUCAGAUAUGCUUUUUCAGUAUUUGGGAAUAGAAGCACAGCCUUGGUCAAAAGGUGCCCCUUUAAAAGCAAUUGGGAUCUUACCACCUAAAACUGAGAGAAGUGCACUUUGGAAACUUUUACAUGACCUAUAUUCCUGUACUUCUAUAUAUAAAUAUGGACGACUAGAACUAAAUUUGUUUAUUACUGAAAAGGAAUCGGGUAUCAUUAAGAAAAUAAUGGCAAAUCCCCAAAAUCCAGGCUUGUAUCAAGCAUUAAGUGUGCUCUGUCAAAUAGCUUGUGGGAUUAAGCUCCUGCAUACAGAGUCUUGCUUAUCAUUUGGCACAUAUACCGCAAAUGGGCAGCUGGCAAAGCAAAAGCAUAGGGAAUCAUUAGAACAAAACCUGUGUUUUAUUCAACUGACUCCUCAUAGGAAUUUAUUUACAGGAACCUUAACACCGUUUAACUAUGAUGUGUUUUUUCACAUGUUAAGGCAGUGUUUUAUGAAACGCAAUGCCAAGCUAAUAGACCAUUUACAUUCAUUGAGUCCAAUUGAUGCAAUGCAUAUAUUGAAGCAAAUUAAAAAAGAUAAAGAUGUGAAAGUAAUAGAUAUGUACCCUGAAGACUUUCAGCACCUUUUUGAAACCAUAGAGUGUUACAAAGAUGAUAACUAUAAGUGGCUAUAUGAUGACUUCAUGGAAGAUGUAAUCAUAUAG